UCUUAUCUAACUGGUAACCUCCAACCUUCAAAUACUUUAUCUAGUGAAAAAACAUCUUCACAAGGAGAGCUUGAUACGCAACUUGAGAGCAUUGAAGAAAAAUAUAUUGCUCUGUCAUCUCAACUUCCUCAAAAAAGACAAAAACUUAACUUUCAAAAUUCUUCAUCUAAACUCUCAAAUGACAAAACUACAUCUCAAAAUUUUGUUGAUGUCAUCUCUCAAAUUCAGAAAGAAACUUCUUCCGCUAAACCUUCUCAUAUAAAAUCUAGCUUACAGAUUAUUAAUAAUGAACUAGAAAAACUCACCUCCUUUAUUGAUGAUAACGAUUCCACUAAACCUACUCACUCUGAUACUUCUGCUCUUUAA